AGGUCAAAUGGAGGGAAAUGGCGCUGUGAAUGUCGCCCGAGAAGGUGUACGGAGGGGUGCACUUGGUGCCUUAUCGUGGCGUUUCAGAAUUAUUUUAUUGUUUUGUGUUUAAAUUGUAUCGAUGGCUUGCUUUUUUAGAAAAAAUAUCGCCUCGAAGAUUGCCAAGAUUUUUGGACAAUCUGAGGAGUGUUUCAUUUCAGCUGUGUCCACCAUCCCUGUGUCAAAAAAACAACAAUCCGACUUCAGGCUGUCAGUGAGCCACCUGAGGCAGAAAGGCUUCCUCCCAUCUGCCGAAGAUAUUCAGACGCAAGCCGAGUCACUGGCUAGACAACUGAAUCGCGACAGUGUGGUGGAAGAUGUAACAGUUGGACGUGCAGUGAUCAAUUUUAAAAUAAAGCGAGAUGUUUUGGCAGAGAAAAUUUUAGAACAGGUGUCGAAGGAGGGGCACACGUUUGGGUUGAAGAGUGCUCUUCUCUGUGGUCAGCAGAAGGGAAGGACGCUGGUUGAAUUCAGUUCGCCAAAUAUCGCAAAAAAAUUUCACGCUGGACACCUACGUUCUACUAUUAUUGGUAACUUUAUCUCCAACCUGAAGGAAGCUCUAGGAAAUGAAGUCGUGAGGAUGAAUUAUCUCGGGGAUUGGGGUCUGCAGUUUGGGAUGCUUGGGGCUGGUUUUCAGGACUACGGUUCACAGGAGGAACUGAAAGCGAACCCCUUACAGCACCUUUUUCAGGUGUACGUGCGGGUCAACGCCGAGGCGGAGAAGGACGAGGGAGUCAGGCAGAGGGCUGGGGAGUUCUUCAGGCAGCUGGAGAGCGGGGAGGAGGAGGCCCUGGCACUGUGGAGGCACUUCAGGGAGAUCUCCGUGGGGGAGUACCAGCGCGUUUACCAGCGUCUGGGGAUCCGCUUCCAUGAGUACUCGGGUGAGUCCUUUCAUCAGAAGCAGGCGCUGGACGUGCUGGAGCGACUUCGAGCCCAGGGGCUCCUCAGAACCACAGAGAAGGGCACGGGGGUGGUGGACCUGUCGCCCGCUGGGGACAUGUCCUGCUUCGCCACCGUGCUGCGCAGCGAUGGGACCUCGCUCUACAUCACCAGAGAUCUGGCUGCAGCUAUCGACCGGAAGGAGGCGUACGACUUUGACGAGAUGAUUUAUGUGACGGAUAAAAGCCAGGAGGGCCACUUCAGGCAGGUCUUUCAGAUCCUGCGGGCCAUGGGCCAUCAGUGGGCAGACAGCUGCCGCCAUGUGCCCUUUGGCCUCGUUCGGGGCAUGAAGACGCGGAAGGGUGAGGUGGUUUUCCUGGAGGACGUGCUGGAGGAGGCCAAAGGCAGAGUGCUGAGGAACAUGCAGGCGACCUGGACCAGCAAGGAGCUGGAAGACCCCGACGUGACUGCAGAGAGGGUGGGGGUCGCCGCCCUCAUAAUUCAGGAUUUCAGGGGCCCCCUCGAGUCUGAUUACAGCUUCGACUGGGGGCGGGUUCUGCAGAUGCAGGGAGACACCGGCCUGUUUCUGCAGUACACACACUCACGGCUGUGCAGUUUAACACGGAUGCACGGCAGCGGAGAGGGGGGGCCCUUGGACCCCAUGCUGCUGCAGGAGGAGCAGGGAGCCGGGGUCCUGAAGCAGAUUCUGCGGUACGACGAGGCGCUGCUCCAGUGCUCAUGUGACCUUCAGCCCAAGCACCUGGUGAACUUUCUCCUAGCGCUCAGUCACCUGGUGGCCGUGGGGCUCAGGACGUUACCUGUGAAGGGCAGCCCCCUUCCCCUGGCGCAGGCCAGGCUCCGCCUCUUCGACAGUGCCCGCACCGUCCUGGCCAAUGGCAUGAGGAUCCUGGGUGUCACGCCCGUAGAGAAGAUGUAAAGGCCUGCAGACUCCCCCCACACCGUCGUCACUGCCGCACGGCCGCAGCCGAGGAAUCCCCAUCCGGGAAGCCACUUUGCUGACGCUCAGCUGAACAUCGCCGCUCAGCUGAAUCACAAGCUUGUCACUCAGGAUCCGUCCCGUCAACCUUCGGUUGGAUAAUUACUGGAUGGAGUGACGAGUGUGUAUAAUAUACACGUCAGUCUGUGAAGAACAAGCAUAUCGCUGUUUGUACAGUUAGGGUGUGUGCAUGUUAGGAUGGAGCCCUAAUUAUUGACAUUGGUAAUAAAACCACACUUAACUACAGAUGAAAUGGAA